AUGGAAGACAGAAGGCUGAGGGCUCCACUACCAAGCCCCCCAGGAAAAGACCUAAGAGAGGAAAAAACCUACGGGAACGUUUUGGCUGAACUUGAAUCCGUAGACUUGCCUUUGGGAACAACUUUAAGAUCUGUGUAUGAUGACCAGCCUAAUGCGCACAAGAGGUUCAUGGAGAAGCUCGAUGCCAGAAUACGAAACCAUGACAGAGAGAUCGAGAAAAUGUGUAACUUCCACCAUCAGGGUUUCGUCGACGCCAUCACCGAGCUGCUCAAGGUUCGCGCCGAUGCAGAGAAGCUGAUGGGCCAAGUGACCGACACCAAUCGAAGACUCCAGGACGCUGGACGAGAGGUGACGGCCCAGACGGAAGAGGUCAUCCGUUGCAGGGUCCAGCAGAGGAACAUGGCCACUACUGUGGAGAAGCUCCACCUCUGCAUCCCUGUUCUGGAAAUGUACAGCAAACUUAAGGAGCAGCUUGAAUCCAAAAGAUAUUAUGCUGCCCUGAAAACCAUGGAGCAGUUGGAGAACAUUUACAUCCCCCGCGUGAGCCAGUACCGCUUCUGCCAGAUCAUGGCCGAGACGCUUCCAAAGCUCCGCGAGGAGAUCAAAGAGGUCUCCAUGUCUGACCUGAAAGACUUCCUGGAGAGCAUCAGGAAGCACUCGGAUAAGAUCGGCGAGACGGCCAUGAGGCAGGCGCAGCAGCACAGGACGUUCCUGAGCACUGUGCAGAAGCAUGUGAGCGCGGGCUGCACUAAACCCCUGUACAGCCUCAACGGACGAGGAGCCUUCCAGCACAAUGGCCUCGCCACCGAGGACGCCACAGAUGAAGACGAGGGGGACGAUGAAGUUCUAACUGCACACGACCUAGUGGACUUCUCUCCUGUCUACCGGUGUCUUCACAUCUACACUGUGUUGGGUGACAGAGAGACGUUUGAAAAUUACUACAGAAAGCAGAGGAAGAAACAGGCCCGUCUGGUUCUGCAGCCUCAGUCCAACAUGCAUGAAACUGUUGAAGGCUACAGGAAGUACUUUAACCAGAUUGUCGGGUUUUUUGUGGUGGAGGACCACAUCCUGCACGCCACCCAAGGCCUGGUCACCAGAGUGUUCACCGAAGAACUGUGGAACAUGGCCCUGUCCAAAAUCAUCGCUGUCCUCCGCACUCACUCGUCCUACUGCAAUGAUCCUGACCUGGUCCUCGAACUGAAGAACCUUAUCGUGAUAUUUGCAGACACGUUGCAGGGUUAUGGUUUUCAGGUGAACAGACUCUUUGACCUUUUGUUUGAAAUUAGAGACCAGUACAACGAAACCCUUCUGAAGAAAUGGGCCGUGGUGUUCAGGGAGAUAUUUGAGCUGGAUAACUACAGUCCCAUUCCCGUAGAGAACGAAGACGAGUACAAGUCUGUGGUCGGCAGGUUCCCUUUCCAUGACGCAGAGAUCGAAAAGCAACCAUUUCCGAAGAAGCUUCCCAUGUCUCAGUCUGUGCCUCAGAUUUACAUACAGGUGAAGGAGUUCAUCUACGCCAGCUUAAAGUUUUCUGAGUCUCUGCAUCGCAGCUCUACCGAGGUCGACGACAUGCUCCGUAAAUCAACCAACCUCCUGCUGACGAGGACGCUGAGCGGGUGCUUGCACAACCUCAUCAGGAAGCCCCAUAUAGGCCUGACGGAGCUGGUCCAGAUCAUCAUCAACACCACCCACCUGGAGCAGGCAUGCAAGUACCUGGAGGAGUUCAUCACAAACAUCACCAACGUCUCCCCGGAAACGGUCCACACCACCAGGCUCUACGGCCUCUCCACCUUUAAGGAUGCCAGGCACGCCGCCGAAGGCGAGAUCUACACCAAGCUCAACCAGAAAAUCGACGAGUUCAUCCAGCUGGCCGACUACGAGUGGGGCAUGGCCGAGUCGGAUGGGCGGGCCAGCGGCUACCUCAUGGACCUCAUUAACUUCCUGCGCAGCACCUUCCAGGUCUUCACGCACCUUCCGAAUAACAACAAUGACCAUGGCGCGAUGUCGGGGAAGGUGGCUCAGACGGCCUGCAUGUCAGCCUGUAAGCACCUCGCCACGUCUCUGAUGCAGAUGCUACUGGACACCGAGCUCAAGCAGAUUAGCAUGGGAGCCAUCCAGCAGUUCAACCUGGAUGUCAUCCAGUGUGAAUUGUUUGCCAGUUCAGAGCCUGUGCCAGGAUUCCAGGGGGACACACUGCAGCUGGCAUUUAUUGAUCUGCGACAGCUCCUAGACCUGUUCAUGGUGUGGGACUGGUCCACGUACCUGGCGGACUAUGGCCAACCCACCUGCAAGUAUCUCCGCGUCAACCCCUCCACGGCACUCGCACUUUUGGAGAAAGUGAACAGAGGGAUGAAGGACACUAGCAAAAAGAACAACCUCUUCUCCCAGUUCAGAAAGAACGACCGAGACAAGCAGAAGCUGAUCGAGACGGUGGUGAAGCAGCUCCGGAGUCUGGUGAACGGCAUGUCCCAGCACUCCUAGAGCCCCACCCGCGCUCCACCCGUGGCUGCAUGCCGCCCCGUGGCUCCACCCCCUGUCCACCAGCUUUGUUUGGACGUUGUAAAGGCCUGGUGCGGAGUUGUGACCAACAGGGUACACCACAGCUACACGUUUCAUUCUAAUUGCCAGUAGCGGUUUCUGUGUCUGCUGCCAAAAUGUCUCCCACUGUGUCACUUUUCAUUUCUCACUUAAUUGAUAUUGUAAAUACGGAACAAAAGGGAGGGGGGGUAGGGUCAGUUUACCAACUUAAACAAUUAAGCAGUAAUUUUUCUUGUAAUGUAUUUUUAAUGGCCAAGAAUUAUGUUUUGUAUAUUGUGAAAGUGAAGCGAUUGUAUCAUUUUGAUGGAGUGUGUUCAGAGUUCUGGCAGGGCAGAUGUCGGCGUGAAGGAUCAUGACGUCCACCUGCGGGACCGAUGUUCAUGUUGAGAUACUUCUGAAAUUCUCCACAGUGUGAUAGGGAAUUAUGUUUUUACUGUAAAUAUUUUAAAAUAUAUUUAACACACUAUCAUAAAAUCAUGCUUCCCACUGGUAUGGUUUGAGUCAAAUUUGAUUUGAUUAGGUAACUUGUUGGAGGGAAAAACUUUGCAUGAGAAUGCGUGUUUGGGUUUUGGUGGGGAUUUUUUGGGGGUGGGGGUCUUUCUUUUUCUUCUUUAAUUUGAAGGCCAGAUGAACUUUUAGUAACUUAUACAUGUAUUCAGAAUCUUCUCUUCUUGUAAGGGAACAUGAACUUGAGUUGCUGAAUACAUUUCAAGUACAUGAUAUACAAAGCAAUUGUUGAAUAGGGUUUUAUUUAAUUUUUAUUUCCUCAGGGUGUAAUGAAGGCUUUUGAGUUUGAAUCACACGCUAAGAUGAAACAAAAUGAGCAAUAAUUGGUCCAGUCACUGAAGCAAAGCUGCAUUUCAGAUUUAAAUGUUCUUGGUCUUUCAGCAUUUUGCACUAAAUAUUUAAUUUGCCUCUCUUGUUGUUUGUUUGUUUUUUAAAUGGAAUGUAGAGAUUCUCUACUCAACACAAAAGUGGGGAAAGUUAUAAUAUUCCAUUCCCUGAAUCUUGAUAUGUAAAGUAGACUUUAAAACUGUAUUUAAAAUUCUCAAUGAUGCCGCACCUGCAGUGGCAGGAUGGUCUCAGUUCUCCCUGUUUGUGUCAUGACUGAACAUAACUACCUUCUUAUAUCCCAUUUAUCAUUUGUGUCAAAAAAGUGAGCGUGGCCGAGAAUUUUCAAACUGGCAGCUGUAGCAUGAAAUUCAGCCAUGAAUUUCACCGAGAGCGCCCAGUAACUUAAGUUGUUUCCAGAAUCCAAUUGUUUUUCUUGGUGUGCUUUAAUAAAAUGUGAUCACAAAAUGCC